AUCAGCUCGGGUGUUGCCAUUACAGAUGCGAAUGACUUGUUGUACGCUGUCGAUGCUUCCUGUGAAUAUGAUCCGAAGCCUUAUCUUCAUAAGAUCAAAGCGCCACUAAUUGCUGUCAACUCGGCUGAUGAUCAGAUUAAUCCGCCGGAGCUGAUGAUUUUGGAGCACGAGGUCGAGCAUGGGAUGAAACUUGGGCUGGGAAAAGCUAUUGUUUUGCCCAUCACGGAGGAUACCAAAGGGCAUGGGUCACAUACUAUUGCGUCUCUCUGGAAGGGAUAUCUGGAGGAGCUGCUGUUGAAGACGGAGGAUAAAAGCAACAGCUGGGUUUCAGGGAUGUGUGUUAUGGAUGGAAUCGAGCGUUUGGACAUAUCACUGGAUCUCGAUCGUGAGCAUUGGCGAAACAACGUAUUGUAGUAUCGUUACAGAUCUCGCCAAGAGAGUACUUCGCUCGCCCAGCCGCAGUUCAAACAACGAAACCCAGAGAGAUAUCAUCCACUGGUGAAAGCAAAGGCAAAUCCCUUAGCAUCCGUACAUUUGUAACAACAUCACCACCACAAUCAAUAUGGAUGUCUGCU